AUGUCUGGAUGUAGCAUAUACACGGACUCCACCAGCGCAACCUCACCGCUGCCACUCACCGCUCCCUGGCAGGCCCAUGGAUGCGCCCUCAAAGUCCCUGGAUUUGGGGAUCCAUCAUCUGACAAGUCCAAAGCCGCCGGGCUGUCGUUUGACCAACCAGGUCGUCCUGUCCAGCUGAGCCCUCGCACGCCGUGCAUCAAGGCGCAUUGCCGUGUGGUGCAGUUGCAGUUGCAGGGCAGCACAGCACAGCACAGCACAUGCCCGGCCGUAGGGCUCGAUGGAGUCUGGGGCAGCGUGGGGGAGGUUUUGUUUGGCGCAUCCGUGUUUUUUCAUCCUUGCCGCCGCUGCCAAUUUUCACAAGCAAGCGCCCCAACCGGCUUGCGGGGACACUUGGCCUGCCGCUCUCACGCUCGCUGUCCAACACCACCACGACCCCUCCUCCGUCCAUGA